GCCAUGCUUUUGACACACGGUGAACACUUGAAAAUUGCUUCUUUUGGAUCGCUUGGUGUUCUAGACUAAACGAUAUUCCGCAUUUUUGGUUGUUUUGAAUUUAAAAGCCGUAACAUGUAGGAAAAAUUGGCACCACAUCGAGGGACAUGUAAUUUUAGUCAGCUGCCUGUGGAUAAAUAAAAUGGCCACCGCCCGCGACCCUAAUGAUUUGCUUCGUUCGAAUGCCGACAAAGAAAAUUUCCAACGCUUGACUCGUCUGCUGAUAACUGGAGGUACUACACUGCUGAGGGAAAUUUUUGACAUGUUUUGUUCUCCAAAUGAUCUUCCAAAGUUGCUGCAAGAUUCUACGACAAAAAAUAAGCUUAAAGCAGCAAAGCUCUCCAAACCACUGUGGGACUGCCUGUACCCUUCCCCAGAAGUUUAUGGCAAGUCACAAGACUUUGAUGUUACUCUACUCUUCAGACUACUCAGAACACUCUUCACACUUAUCCCACCUGCGACAGGCUGGGAUGAACUUCCAGCAAGUGAAGAUCACAGUUUGGAAGCAGAUUUGGCGAGAAUUAAAUACUACCGGAACUCUAUCUAUGGUCAUGCUUCGCAGAACAUGGAGAUGUCAGAUGCAGAGUUUUCAUCCUUAUGGAAUGAGAUAAGUGAGGCUCUUGUCAGGAUUGCGGGACACAUCAGCCCUGAAAAGAAAACGGAAUGGCAGAAGGCAAUCAAUAAAUUUUUUACAGAUCCCCUCACAGAAGAGGAUAGAAGGAAUGUGGAGGAAUUGCUGACUUGGUAUAGAAACGAUAUGGAGGUUAAGAAAUCAAUAGAGAAACUAGAAACUACAACUCAGGAAAUGAAAGACCAGAUGGAUCAACUAGGAAAGCUGCAACAGAGAAUGGAUCGUAAACUAAGCGUCUUAACUGAAAGCUCACGAGAACAAGGAGCUCGACUUGCUUUGAGAAUUGACUGCAGCAUACCUGACCCACAAGUGAGAACCUCUGAGAGAGCAGCAACUUCGCAGGAAGAAGGAACAAGAGCCACUGUUACUAGGAGCCCUUCUUCUACCACUCAGGCAGGAGCCUCAGAGAUAGCAGCAACUUCAGAGGAAGAAGGAGCAGGAGCCUCCGUUACCUGGAGCCCUUCCCCUAUCACUCAAGCAGGAGCCGCUGAGAUAGUCGCAACUUCGCAGGAAGAAGGAACAAGAGCCUCUGUUGCUAGGAGCCCUUCCCCUACUACUCUAGCAGGAGCCUCUGAGAUUGCAGCAUCUUCGCAGGAAGAAGGAACAAGAGCUUCUGCCGCCGGCAACUCCUCUCCUACCACUCAAGACGUUUUAAAUCUCGCUGCGAUAAAGUACCUGAAUACAAUUAACCCGUCUACACCAGAGGAACUAAAUGGAUUUGUACAGUAUUUAAAAGAGGUGCGUCAAGUAUUGAUCGUGAACACAAAGCGUGGAAGUUUAAUAAUUAUCGUGGAAUGCACCUCCUUGGAAAUACUUGAUGGACUGUGGAACGACUAUUGCUCAGGUCAACUGAACAAGAUGGCACAAAAAUACCUUGUUACAGAGGAACUUUUAAAAGACCUCGGUCUCUUGGAUGUAAAGCUCACGGUAACUAUUCUGGAAGAUGAGUACAAAAGGUGUCGAGAGCAUUUCUUACAGCAAUCAGAAAGCAAAGACACUCGUCCUCAUGAAAAGGUCCAAGAAACCACGGAAGAAAGCACAAGUACAUCAGAUAAGGAUCGUCAACAAAAUGAACAGUUCAGAGUUAUACCUGAGCGAGAAACCUGGCAUCAAGUUCCACCUCAUGACCGGCAUUUCAAACAUAAAGCGGCUGGUGCAAAAACAGAACAGAGUAGGGGUCGAGGCGAGAAGACAACUCGUGGGACGCCUGGAGUGAGACCCUCUGCUGGGGGGACACGUUAUUCGCAAAAGAAAGUGAAUGAGGGAGCGGUGAGAGGACGUCAUGACGAUGGUCGUGGAAAGAGAGGAGACCAAGGACGAGGAAGAGGGCGAGGACGAGGACAAGGACGAGGCUUUGACAAAACACGAGGAGGACCACAACAAAGAGGAGGGGGACAUGGUCACCAAAGUGGAGCUGAGCCGCGUCAGCAAUUUGAUGCAGCUUCCCAAGGAUUCAAACAGCCUAACAUCAAGUACGAGUGGAACAAAUUGUACGUAUUGGGCUUACACUACAAAACAACACCAGACGCUGUGAAGAAUUAUAUUGAAAGAAUAAGCGGUUAUAAUGUGAAGUAUGUCGAAUGGUUUAAACCAAAUGGAAAAGCUAUUGUGACGUUAGACACCUUCAAAAUUAAAGGUUUUGCAGACGUUCUCAAGGCCGCGAAAGAAAGACCCCUUGAACGGGUACAGGUGUUAAUUGAAAGAGCCCCUGAGUGCAGGAGCAUAUUUGCAAGCGGAUUUCCGGAAAAAACUACAAAGGAUGAAGUAUUAAAAUUUUUUCAUGAAUGGGGGGAAAUAGAAGAUGUUUCAUUCAGCGAUCCAUGGGACGAAAACGUGAAGGAAAAGAGAGUUAUUGUGUACUUCAAACACAAGAAGAGUGUUUUGCAAUCUAUCAAGGACGAUCACUUUUUUGAUGAUAAACCUCUGCAUGUAGAGGCUUUUUACCCUUUCAUGGGAACACUGACACCUGUUGAUGAACCUUCAAAGUCAACACGUCCAACCUCAGGUGAAGUGGAAGGAGACAGACAGCCUCACUUCUACAAACCCGUGGACAAAGACAUCAUGGAAUUUUUGAUGAAGUCCAACCAAGAGUCCAGAUUGAGGGAACGUCUUCACUCAAAUGAACGUGCUGGUUUAGGGUGGAAAAAUGGAGAAGAAUAUGCGCUGAUCAAAUAUGACGGCACUGGCAAGAAACUUGACAGGGAAUUUGAAGAGAAAGCUUGGAAAAGUCGCUGUUCUGAAAUAGUCGAUUCAUUCAUUUCUAGUUGCACCACGAAGGAAUUUUCCGUGGACGAAGAGAUCUGGGAAGCAGUGGCCGAUCAGUUACCGCAGCUAGAAGGAUUUCUGCCAAAGUUCACGGCGCAUGUUAAGCUCUUGAAAAACUCGCAUGCCGUUAAGUUAAUUUGUCAAAAAUCAAACAUGUCAGAUUUUGGGGAAAAACUUGAGGAUCGACUUAUGGUCAUUCGACAGCAAGAAGACGAGAAAAAGCUGGAGAGGAGAACGCUGACUGAUAUAGCAACCGAGAAGCUGCUUCUCUUUCAAAAUGCUCGGAUUGAGGACGUUUUGAAGAAAGAAUUUCUCCAAAAUAUCCAAGUUAAGAUCAAUCUGAGUAACAAAAACCUUGAAAUCAAAACACCUAAGGGAUACAUGGCAUCUGUCGUAUCCUAUCUUCGAAAGCGUCAAGACGAAAUGGACCAAAACGCAAUCGCUGUCCCCCCGGAAAUUCUAAAGAUACUUAAAACGAAGGUUGGACGAAGAAAGAUGACUGAAGAAUUGCCAGAAGGAUGUGCUUUUAACGUUGACGACAGAAGUGAACAAGUUAUUCUUCUUGGGAAAACUUUACCCGAAACCCAGCAAGGAAGAGUCAAGGCGAAGGAGGUACUAAUAAGUAACCGUGAGGUCCGCUUAAGCGCCAGGGAUAACGAUCUGAUAUCUUCAACGAAGUGGGAAGAGUUGUGUAAGAAGUUGGUGAAGCGUCUUACGAUCCGCCACAAACGUGAAUUGGCUUGCAUAGCCGUCUUUGGCUUCAAAAAAGACGUCACAGAAGCCGUAAAGAGAAUGAGAGACUUUCUUAAUGAAAAGAAAGCAACAGAAGGUGAAACAAGACUUACCACGCAAAUUCAUCGGAAAUUCUUCAAUGAUUAUUACAAAGACGAGCUGAAAAGAAUCUCGGAUGAACUUUGCCAUUUUGGUGUCCAAAUUGUCGUAGAUGAAAGCGGAGAGAGAAUAAAAUAUUCUGGCAAUGUAGAAGGCGUGAAAGAAGCUGAGGAGAGGAUAUACAUUCUGCUGGAAAACAUCAAAGAAAGGAGUUUCCCAAUUUCGCUACCUGGUAUGCAAACUUUCUUGACUCAGGAAGAAGGAGUGCGUUUGAUAGAAACUGUUGAAGUGGAGAACAAAUGUAUUAUCAGAAUAACGGACGAAGCCGCGGCACAAGAAGAUGAUGAUGCCGACAGUGACGAUGAUGAACCAUUGAGAGAUGACGAGGAAAACGAAGAGGAGUUCGAUGGCGUAGAAACCUUCUCUACCACAGAGGGGAAGAAGGUCACGUGGAAAAUAGGAAACAUCACAGAAGAACAGGCCGAUGUUUUAGUUUGCUCAGUUGGGUCAAAAUUCAAUCUUGCCAUUGGUGCCAUUGCAAAUGCUAUGAGUAAAGCUGCUGGACCAGAGUUACAAGAGCAGUUAAAAGAAAAGACGUCAGGAAAACAAUUUGGUGAAGGCGACAUCGUUCACACCGGCCCAGGAAACUUACAUUGUCGUCAUGUGAUCCACUGUGUUUGCUGCCCAUGGAAAGGAAAUCUCAAAGAGGAGCAGCUUCUUCAAGAGCUGUUUCGGAAAUGCUUUGACAAAGCAUCAGAACUUGGUGCAUGUUCUAUAAGCCUACCGCUUGUUGGGACUGGUAACCUUGGUUUCCCUUAUGACACUGUUGUCCAGAUUAUGAUCCAGGCAGCAGUUGACUACAGCCACUCAAAUCCAGAUUCACCCCUGGAGGAGGUUAAGUUUGUUGUGUUUGGCGGUGAUGAGAAAGGCAUUGAAACGAUCAUGGAAACAUUUAGAGAGUUCAAAGGAGAACAGAGGCCCAGGCUCAAAACUCGAAAACCAGAAGUUCGCAAAAACAAGCCAACGCCUGUUCUUGCUGAAUUUUAUUCUAAAGAAGUCUGCGUUGAAGAUAUGAUGUUAAAGGUCUUGAAAGGAGACAUCACCAAGGAACGUUCCGAUGCCAUAUGUAAUAUUGUUACUAAAGAUCUGAACAUGAAAUUUGGAAAUCUGAGUAGAGCCAUCAUACAGGCAUGUGGUAGCACUGUAGAAAAUGAGUUAAAGUCAAAAGCUCCUCAGCACCCAGCUGGAUCCGUUGUGAUUACAUCUGCUGGGCGCUUGUCUGCAAAGCACAUCGUACAUAUGGUUGUGGGACCUGUCACCAAGAAGAAUCUUCAGACGUGCGUGGAGAAGGCACUGGAAGAAGUGGAUUCUAUGGACUUGAAAUCAGUGUCCAUUCCAGCGGUUGGCAGUGGAGGAUUGGGUCAAACUGCGGAUGAAUCAGCAGAGUUGGUCUUUGGGGCAAUCCGCGCAUUUAUGGCUAAACUAGAACGUUCAAUUCAGGAGAUUAGAGUCGUAGUUUUUGACGAUUCUGUCACUGCAGCAUUCGUGGCAGAGUUGGAAGCAAUACAGCGAGAAUAUGUUGACUUGCCCCACUCUGACGACGAAGACGAUGAUCAAGGCUACUACGAAAUGGGCUCAGAAGCGUCCAUCGAUGUAUUAACAAGAAGACGGCCCCAGAAGAUCGUCAUUCAUGCUCGGUCAGAGUCAUUUGAGGCAAUUAUGACAGCCUUGAAAGACGGUGUAGAAAAAGCCUGCGGCAACCCUCGCGUCAUCAGGCACGAAAUUAUAAGUCGUUUCCCCAAAAGGUGCAUGCAGGAGCUGAAACGGAUGUCUCGUGCUCGAGAUGUAAGACUGGAGCAACCAGAACCGAACGUGUUAACAUUGGAAGGACUUCCAAAAGAUGUAAUGGACGUCAACUCGGAGGUUUCGGAUGUAAUUCAAGAGCAGAUGGAAAGAGAGCAUAAAGAGGAGCGUGCAGAACAGAUGUCUAAGACUGUGCAAUGGUACUUAGUCAAUCCAGGAGGAAUAUUUGCCGCUUUCGACAAAAUGGCCAAUAAUGAAAUAGAGUCAGCGUAUAAAGAGAAGAAACCGUCACUUUUAUUCACUCAUCAGGAUCUGAAGGCUGAAAUCAACUUCGAGAACAAAGAGGUUACGUUCCUGAGAACUGGCGCCAUCAAAACGGCACUUCGUAAAGAUGUGCUUCCUCUUCCUGAUGAGUGGGAUCCCCAACCUCGAGACAACCAAGGAAAAGAGGAGAUCCUUUACAUGGUCAGCCUCCCAGAGGACUCUCAAGAAUAUAAAGCGGUUGAAGAAAAAUUUCUUCGGACGCUGGGUGGAAAAGUAAUCAUUUCAAAGAUCGAGAGAAUUCAAAAUCCGUCUAUGUUUAAUUCGUACAUGUUGCGAAAACAAAGCAUGGAUGAAAAGAAUGGAACUAUCGACAACGAGCUGGAACUCUUUCACGGAACGAAGCCAGAAAGCGUGAAGGAGAUCAACGUUCAGGGAUUUAAUAGAAGUUUGUGUGGCGUUCAUGGUGCAGCGUAUGGCGACGGUGUCUACUUUGCGAAAGAUGCCUAUUAUUCUCUGUCGUAUUCUCAACCAGGCCCAAAUGAUGAACGCUGCAUGUAUUUAGCGAGAGUAUUGGUCGGAAAGUACACUGCUGGCAAGCAAAGACUGAAAAAGCCUCCCCCCAAAGAUCCCAGUGCACCGGAAAUCCUGUUCGACUCGGUGGUGAAUAAGGAGGAAGAUCCGACGAUUUUCGUGGUUUUUAAUGAUUAUCAUGUUUACCCAAAAUACUUAAUUACCUUUGAGAAAACCAAAAAGUAGUCGAAAUGUAUUGAUCAAGGAAAUUGUUUCCUACUUGUUUCCAGAAUGUAAAAGUAGGAAAACGUUUUUCCAAACUUUAAGUGAAAAGUGUGGUGUACUGCAAUUCAACAGUAGUCGAAUCGGUCAAGUAAUAAAAGGCUUCGGUCAUAUUCAGCUGGAUAUCAACGAAUCCGCGCACAAGAAGUACUAGUGCUAUGGAAGGUUGAGGUUAUUGUGUUCUUUCGAGGAGCUUUGAAUGGUGUUGUAGCUUUUUAUGAAACAAAAUAAAACACCUGGGAGCUGGAAAA